AUGGAGCAUUCAACAAACCACAUUCUGAGUUAUGGAGCAUUCAACAAACUACAGCAUGAGUAUGGAGCAUUUAACAAACUACAGUCUGAGUAUGAAGCAAUAAGUCAGUUUGAGUAUGGAGCAUUCAACAAACCACUGUCUGAGUAUGGAACUUUCAACAAACCACAGUCUGAGUAUGAAGCAUUCAACAAACCACUGUCUGAGUAUGGAACUUUCAACAAACCACAGUCUGAGUAUGGAGCAUUCAACAAACUACAGUCUGAGUAUGGAACUUUCAACAAACCACAGUCUGAGUAUGGAGCAUUCAACAAACCACAGUCUGAGUAUGGAGCAUUCAACAAACCACUGUCUGAGUAUGGAACUUUCAACAAACUACAGUCUGAGUAUGGAGCAUUCAACAAACCACUGUCUGAGUAUGGAGCAUUCAGCAAACCACUGUCUGAGUAUGGAACUUUCAACAAACCAUGGUAUGGGUAUGGAGCAUUCAACAAACCACAGUCUAAGUAUGAAGCAUUCAACAAACCACUGUCUGAGUAUGGAGCAUUCAACAAACCACUGUCUGAGUAUGGAGCAUUCAACAAACCACAUUCUGAGUAUGGUGCAUUCAACAAACUACAGUCUGAGUAUGGAGCAUUCAACAAACCACAGUCUGAGUAUGGAACUUUCAACAAACCACAGUCUAAGUAUGAAGCAUUCAACAAACCACAGUCUGAGUAUGGAGCAUUCAACAAACCACGGUCUGAGUAUGGAGCAUUCAACAAACCACAGUCUGAGUUAUGGAACAUUCAACAAACCACAGUCUGA